AUGAAACAGAGUGAUUUGAACACAGCAUGCCAAAAAUUAGUCCCUCUAUUACCAAAUACUCAGCGCAUGGAAAACAAUAGAGGCCAGAAAAUUGGCAAGCCAAAAAAAGGUCGUGGGCCAGGAAGAUCAAAAAUCAGAGGAUACUAUGCCGCGAAGCAGCCGAGGGUCACGACAAGGAUUGUGAACAAAAACCCACCCACAUUUGUUGAUCAGGCUAAACCACGGCAUUUGAGAAGUUGUGCAAGAUGUAGAAAGCACAAAACAAAGUGUGACUAUGUCGAUACAGUCCCAAAUCCCUGCUCAUCAUGUGCUCAGCGAGGUGUCACAUGUGAGCUAGAAAUAGUUAUUCCAAUAAAACGGUCCAACAUCAUCAAAAAUAUAUCGGAUGAUAUUAAUGGGUUAAAAGAUAUGGUCGAUUCUUUGUUGGCACGUGAUGCGUAUUUAAGAGACAUGUGCCAGCGAUCUAAUAUAGCUGUUUCUGGGCUUGUCGAUCUGAAGUGCAAGGCUGAUCGAAACAUCUACAAUAAGGAUACAACAUUAUUUGGGAAGAAAGGUAAUGUCACGAAGGAAAUCUUGACACCCCCGGACUCAGUUAAGUCAUUCCGAAUGUCAGAUAGUUGUUCUUGCUCAAAUGAUAUGGGGAUCAAUAGUUAUUCUGUGGGGAGAACCAACUCGAUGGAAUCUACAAUAAGAGGCCAGGUGACCCCUCCGAGUGAUAACGAAUAUAAGUCACUGGUAAACAAAUCAGAGAAAUGCCAAAUAAAAGGUGUUUGUUCGUACGGAAUGCUUGAAAUUGAACGCUUCUUCUACAUUUUUAAUGAGAAAUUACUCCCCCGUAUCCCGAUCAUGCCCGCAAUAACUUCGGCAAAAACACUUUACAGCAACAAUAAGCUGUUGUUUUGGUCCAUCAUAUAUGUGGUAUCAGGGGAUAAAAAAAUUGAGCAUGAUUACCUAAGGGGGGAAUUGGCACGGUGGUGCUGGCUUCACACACCCCGUGACUUAUCAAUUAUCCAAUCCAUAAUAAUAAUGUCUGCUUUUCCAAUCAAGCGGAUUGAACAAGUGAAAUCCUCAUAUGAAUUUGAUACAUACAUCUUUCAGCAACUUGAACUUGCGAAAGAUCUAUCUGUGCAGAUAGGUCUCGGAAAAAGUGUAAUAUUUUCUAAGGAGUUUUCCAGAAGUAUAGAAAAUAGAGAAAUUAAGGAUAAGUAUAUAUACAAUACAUGGUGCAUGCUAUAUAUUCUGGGAACAAUAUAUGGUUUCAAGUUGGGGUUAGAAUGGGAUUUCAGAAGAGAUUAUAUUAUCGAAAAUAUGCGGAAAACCAAUUCAUACGUGGGAAGACUUUUAAAUAUCGUGAUUCUCCACUCUGAAAUUAUAGGAAUUAUCGCCUUUAAUUACGAGGCGCCUUCCGAAUAUCAUGAAAAUACAACAUACUUAGAGAGAAAGUUGGAUAAUUGGAGCGAAAUGCUUCAAAGAUACAAAUCUCAAGAAACGGAUAUCAAUAUUCUAGUGAUGCUCUCAGUAGUUGAACUAACAUUACGGCUAUGUGACAAUGGAGCUAGUGUGCAGGAAAAGAUUGAGCAAAAUAAACGCAGCAUUGAGCUAUGUAACGACACAUAUAACCUAAUUUCGGUCAUUAACAUUGCUACGGCUCCAAUAUUUGUGAAAAUGGCAUUAGAGUUUGUGAGUGUUGUCUUGAUUAAACUUUCACUUUCUCCUUACAAUUUGCAGGAGCUCAAUACAGAGUUUUUAGGCUUUGUUUUCCAGAAGCUUGCCGGCCUAAGUGAGUACGCUGAUACUAGGCAAAUACUAGAUCUUCUUAUGGAGAUCCAAUCAAGCUUUACGAUGGACGAUACUGCACUCUUGAUGAGUGAUUUUUCUUGGUUUCAGGUUCAAUUACUGCAAGGGUUGAUGUUUGAUUUGAAAAACACUGUUGAUUUAUUUAGAACAUGCCGUGGAAACAGACAGGAAUUGUCUAGACUUUUUGAUAACAGCAUUCUGGACAAAAAUGUCUUUCGAAGAAACGCAGAAAAUUUUAUUCGUAACGUUGAUCUCAUAGGCCCAUAUUCAGAUGCAUUAUUUAAUGCUACGCCCUUACCUGUGGAUGAAAGUGAUAAUUCCUAUGCUUACGAAAAAAGAGGCCGCACUCUUCAAGGUGAUGGUGAAUACGCACUAAUCAAUAUCAAUUCUUAUGAUUCCGAUCGGAAGUUAACUUCGCUAGACUGCCAUUAUAAUGAAGAUUAUCAGUCUAAUUUUCCUUUCAUGUUUAACGAGAUGAAAAUCACUUAG